AACGUGUUUAUUUACCGCGGACCUGUUAUGUCAACCGGAAACAGUGUGUUAAACCGGUGGAAAGUAAAUAUUGGAUGAAUUUCAUCACAUUAUAUUUGAUCAGAUGUCUGCAAAAUGAUAACAGCAAUUAUUUUAAGAUUUUUACAUUAUGUAAUUGCUCUAAGUGUGUUCAUGCACGAUUUGAUUUUUAGCAUUCCGAAUUUAUAUGGAAUGGUAUACAGUAAAAAGAACCUUGUGGCCAGCAUACGAUCAGAUGCUAAACUUUUAAAGAAAUUACCCAUGCAUGUGGGUCUUGUUAUUGUUGAAAACAACUUUUCUUAUAGAGAUAUUGCAAAUAUAAUUGUCUGGUCAGUGGCUAUGGGUAUAUCAUAUGUAAGCGUCUACGAUAUAAAUGGUGAAAUAAAGAGAAAUAGUAUAUUAUUGCAGCAGCAAAUUGAAAGAAGUAAACAAGAAACUUUUGCUUCAGAAGAGACCAAGUUUGAAAUCAGUUUAUCUGUUAGCAAUAACAAGAAAAAUGUAGCUAAUAAUGAAGAUGGCAGCUGCUCUAAGCAGGCUAGAGUUCAUGUAGUAGCAGCAGAGGAUGGAAGACAAAAUUUAGUACAAGCUACUCACAGUUUUUGUGAACUUGUUAAUAAUAAUCAAUAUCUUAUAGAAGAUAUAGUGCCAAGUAGUGUAGAUUCACAUAUACAAAAAAUAUUUCAGUUACCAGACCCAGAUUUGGUUAUAUUAGUAGGUCAUAUUGACAGUCUUCUAGGUUAUUUACCAUGGCAAAUUAGAUUAUCAGAAAUUUUAAAAUUGCCUUCCCAUAAAGGUGUAAAUUAUAAAGCUUUCUUGUCAGUUAUGAAUAUAUAUGGAAAAACAGAACAACGGUUUGGAAAGUGAGAUACGAAACAAGAAGAUCAUUUGUCUCAGCUUAUAUUAUCAUUAAGCAUUAAAAGAAUAUUUAUGCAAUGAACAUUCUUUAAGUCAUUUUAUUACAGAACCCAAGAAUUCCAUUCAUACAAUUUAUAAGUGAUAUUAAUUGGGAAAACCAAAUUAUUAUUUUGUAAACUGAGGUACGGUAAAAAGAUUCUGAUCUUAAACUCAUUUUACAAAACAAGAUUAUAGAUCUACAUAAAUGUAUUAUUUAUUGUAUAAUGUGGAGAGAACUUUUUGGUCAAAAAACUUAAUCAAAUUUGUUAUUUUUAAUUUGAAUCCAUAACAAUUUUAAAAGCCAAUAUCCAUUUUUUUAAGCUUGAAUGUUGUUUGAUAAUGGUAUCGUUAAAACAGAAAUAUUCCAUUAGGAACUUUAUUGGGUUGUUUUUAAAGAUAGUUAUGGAAGACCAAACAGCUCGUUAUUUAAUAUUUUUAGUUCUUAUUUCUUCAUUCAGGAUAAUGAAUUAAGAACUAAGAAUAAAGAGCUGUUUGGUCUUCCAUAGAUAGUGGGCUUAGUUAAAUUAGGGCAAUUAGUUUGAAUUAAAAAACUACAUGAGGCAAUUUAGUAUUAUGACAUGCUGUGUAAUCCGGCAUAUUGUACUAGUUUUUGGCGUUUAUAACAUGUAAUCUUUGUUAUUUAUGCAGAUAUGUUUAAAUUGUUCUUAAAUCAUGAGUGGCAGUAUCUGCUAUAAAAUCAACUAAUCAUUGUGCAGACAUAUGGUAACAUGAUGUGUUUAUAUUGUUCUUUAAUCAUGAGUGGUCUGCUAUAAAAUCAAAUAAACAACAUGACUGUCAAAUAAUGCCCAAUCUUGCAAUUUAUUUCAUAAGAAAUAUACUAUUUCAACAUUCAUAAUGAAAUUAACUGUGAUUUUGCCAAAUUUGAUGAUUGUUUCGUUGUGUGACGUACGUAUUUAACAGGGUAUCAAGCUAAAUGUAUCCUGUUUACCUUGUCUGGAAAUACAAAACCAGAGUUUGUUGCUCAAAAUAUUGAACCAUUCUAAAUAAUUCAAAAGAAUUGCUAGAUGGCAUAUAAUCUGAUUAAAACACAGAUCAUAUUUCGUUUUGUGUUUUAUAGUUCAAAAUUUCGUUUUACUUGUCUUUACUACACAAAGAUCUGGAAGAGUUGUUAUAUAACUCGCUUCUGGUUGAUGUGAGGGAUUAGCCAAUGAAACAGUCUGCUGCAGCGAGUUCUUGGCGUGUUUUACACGAAACUGUGUGCAUUCCACUAAAUACAUCAACGCUUAUGUUAAUCAAAUGUCUGAUGUCAUAGGGUCAAAAGCCGCUCGUAUGACGCGUGACGCAACCUCGUUCUACAACUGGUCAGAUCUUCAUGUAGUAGAGUCCAUUGAAAGUAUAAAAAAACGAAACGAAAUAUAGAUUUGUAUUUUAAUCAGAUUGGAUGGCGUAAUACAACUGAAAUUAUUUUUGUAGCCACCACAAUCAAGUAAAUACUUAAAUUUCAAUAAGUCUAGCCAGAAUAAUUUGUUGUUAUUAAUUAGCUUUUAAUUGUGCUAAUUGUUAAGUAUGCAAUAUGCAUAUUAAUUUAAGCACUGUUUCUUGAAUAAUACCCAUUGGUUAUCUCUAUAAUGUCACUAUGUAAGCAUACAUUAUUUUGGUAGCCAAUUGAUUUCAGAAUGGGAGUUUUCAUAUGUGAUAUUUGAGGAUUCUGGAUGUUUGUUAGAUUUAGUAAAUUUGUAGAUGGUCAUAAUAAUAGUAUUUUUAACUGCAUGAAAGGACUGGACAUGGUGGAUCUUUAUAAUUGAUGAUCCGUUAUGGUUACUAUAGAUUUUAUCGAUAUCAAAUAUUGACAACGAAACAUAUAUCGGCCGAUACAGAUACAAUUACUGAUAGUGGUCGAUAUAAAACUAUUACACAUGUUAUUAAAAUGGCCUGUAUAAAAUGAUAAUCGAUGUAGAUACAUGUCGUGAAACGCCUGGUGCUAUUUACCUCAUGAAUCAGACAAGAACACAAUGUUUUUUGAAGGAAUAAUUGGGUCACGCUUCUGACGCAGUCAAAAAUACACACCAUUAUUAUGAACUUAAUUGUUAGUUGAACAGACUAGCCACAUUGCAGCCAAAUGAGAUUUGGCCGAAUGAGUGGACACACUAGGUGAAUCCUUUGUUCGUUAAGCCAGUCGAUUGCAUCAUCUUUCACGUCACUUGAUUAAACAUGGCAGCGAUUGUGUCUUGAAACAAUCAUGUGACUUCUCUAUACGAGUGGUGAUUAGCUAAUGAAUUCUACAAUCGAGCGAAUGCUUCGGCUAAGCGGACACCCAGUAGGCGAAUAUAAUACUGCCAUGUUUGAUUCGAGCGAAUCAUUCGGCCGAAUAGAAAUUCGGUUGAAUGACUGUGGACACACUAGAUGAAUUUUGGAGCCGACUGAUUCAGCCGAAUUGGCAAUAUGACCGUAGAAAUUGGCCAGUACCCAUUUCUACCGAUAGGUCACUUAUCGGCCAAUUACCGAUGUUGAAACCGAUUAUUGGACCAUCACUUGCUAUUUUAAAGUUUGGACUACUUGCAUAGUCAUAUUCAGUCCAGACACCCUGAUCACCAAACACACAUGAGUGAUAUUUGUCACAGAGCUUCAAAUAGUAUAAUAAAAUUAUGAUAGAUAAAUACAAUUAAAGAUACAUUAUGGGAGAUUAGAUAAAGAGCUGGCAGUUCUCACUAUAAUAGUUAAAAAUUAGAUACCGUAAAGGGAAUUUGCUGAAAAUUUCAGUCAAAUUGAUCUACUUAUGAACCAAGAUUUUAGCAUAGUCUCGGUUAUCCAUUUUUUUUAUUUAAUUAUGAAUGGAAGUCGAACAGCAUAUCGGAACACAAUCCCAUAAACAUCGCAGCCUAGCAAUGCCAUCGAGAGUUGAUUAUGGUCUGAAUAAGUUAAUUAACGUCUAAUUAAUAAUUUAGAUAACAUUUCAGGUCUAAAUAAAGACCUGCAAUAGGCAGAUUUACCUCUUGCAUAAUGUAUGUUUAACUAGUUUUAUUCACUAAAAUAUAUGUGGGACAUCAUCUUUAAUUCCAGAUCAUUAUAAACUUCAUAUUGACUUGUAUAUUAAAAGAAAUAUAAUGCUGCAGAUUUACUAAAUUUUAACUUGUCAAUGUCAUAGUAUGAAUACAAGUAUAAAUGUGUUAUGAAACUGUAUGACUAUAAUAAUGUAUUUUUUUUAGAAACUUAACAAGAAAUGUUUUUAUUAAAAAGAAUAUGAAAUAAUAGUGUAUUUGUAGUGUAGAGAAUUUAUCAAUUACAUUUAAAGAAAUGAAGAAAGUAGUUAUCUGAAAAAAAAAAAAAAAUAUUUAUCUUUCAAAUUGUCUUUUAUUACAAUGAUGUGUUAAUUAAUAAUGACAUUAUUAUGUAUUGUUUAAUGGUCAAGAGCGAGACAUUAAGUAAUAUAUUGUAACAACAAGAGGGCCAUAGGCCCGACUACGCAAUAUCUUAAGCUCGAGACCAUUAGACGACCUAAAUGCAUUAUCGGGCCAGAUGGGGGAGGGGGG